AGGCUGGUGAAUGGUGGCAGCCCCUGUGCUGGGAGAGUGGAGGUUUACCAUCGGGGAGAGUGGGGGACAGUGUGUGAUGAUUGGUGGGACAUGAGUGAUGCUGGAGUGGUGUGCAGACAGCUGGGCUGUGGAGAUGCUGUAGAUGCACUAAGAGAGGCUCACUUUGGACCAGAGUCUGGGAGAAUAUGGAUGGGUGAUGUGUACUGCAGUGGAUCAGAAUCCUCACUGAAGCAGUGUGGGUCACGAGGAUGGGGUAAACAUGACUGUAAUCAUGGAGCGGAUACUGGAGUGAUCUGCUCAGAGGUCAGGCUGGUGGGCGGGACUGACCUGUGCUCUGGGAGAGUAGAGGUGCAUCAUGGGAGCUCCUGGGGCACGGUGUGUGAUGCUGACUUUGACCAGCAGGACGCAGAGGUUGUGUGCAGGGAGCUGGGCUGUGGGGCUCCUAAAGAGCUGCGUGGGGCAGCUGCAUUCGGCCAGGGCGAGGGCCAGGUGUGGGCAGAGGAGAUUCAGUGU